ACACCCGUAGCUGACUCUGCUGUUAGCCAAACCACAAUUGAGAUAAGAUUUGGAUUCGAGCAGAGGCAUCGGAUUCUCGUGUGGUCGGGAUUGCAUUUGCCGAAUUUGGACGAUGACCUUACAGCUGGAUUUUCCAUUACCUUGCUUCCGUGAUUGAGAUCCAUGGCUGCAAUUCGACGCUUCCCCACCGUUUAUUUAGCCCAAUUUUGCUUCCUGCAGUAAACCAUCUCCAUCAUUGACGCAUGCAGAAUUUAAUUUGAUUAGGGUUUUUACCCAUCCCCUGUUUUUUUGUCACUUUCCAGUUUAGAACAAACCUGCCAGCGAUUUCCUGUGCGGCGUGGCGUGGGGUCACAUUCAAAUCUUCGCUCAACCCAAUGCGAAAUCUGACAUUUGUCAUUUCGGAACACCGGCCUCGUACCUGCUGAUUUCGCUGUUCGGUCCAUUGCUGAUGGAGACGUCGUCGUCCUUGCCCGCGAGUCUUCUUGCCACCACCAAUUCCGAAGGUAAUAAAGCGGGAGAGAUGGAAACCGAAUCUCUGGUUAGGGUGUCGACUUUCCCUGUCGCUGCUUUAAACCAACAACGGCGAAGAAGAUUUGGCAAUAAAGCGGCAUCUCUCGCAGAUCGGCCUCGCCGGCAGCAGUCGUUCGGCCGUGACAUUGGCCAUGCUGCUGCUGAGACUUAUCUGCUCACUCGGCUCAGUUUCAGACUGCUCAGUUAUCUUGGGGUAGGCUAUCGGUGGAUUACAAGGUUACUAGCCUUAGCUCUCUAUGCUAUGCUUCUCAUGCCCGGGUUUCUUCAAGUUGCAUUCUGUUACUUCUUUUCAAGCCAAGUACGCCGAAGUAUCGUAUAUGGUGAUCAACCAAGGAAUAGGUUGGAUUUAUAUUUACCCUCAUCCACAUAUGGUGAUGAUUUGAAGCCAGUAGUGAUAUUUGUAACUGGUGGGGCAUGGAUUAUUGGGUACAAGGCAUGGGGUUCCCUCCUGGGAUUACAAUUGGCUGAAAGAGGAAUCAUGGUUGCUUCCAUUGAUUACAGAAAUUUUCCUCAAGGAACAAUCAGUGACAUGGUUAAUGAUGUCUGUCAAGGGAUUGCAUUUGUAAUGGAAAAUAUUAUCGAAUUUGGAGGAGACCCAAGCAAAAUUUAUCUAAUGGGUCAAUCUGCUGGAGCACAUAUCUCCGCUUGCGCUCUUUUACAGCAGGCAGUUAAGCAAUCCAGAGGUGAUCCCAUUUCUUGGAGUGUGUCUCAAAUAAGCGCAUAUUUUGGUUUGUCCGGAGGGUACAAUUUACUCAAACUAGUUGAUCAUUUCCAUGGCCGAGGCUUGUACCGCUCCAUCUUUUUGAGUAUCAUGGAAGGCGAGAAGGCAUUGGAACAAUUUUCUCCUGAAAUGAUCGUACGAAAUCCAGGCUCAAGCGAUGCAGUAUCUCUGCUUCCGCACAUUAUUCUAUUCCAUGGCACGGGGGAUUAUUCCAUCCCAUGCGAUGCAAGUAAAAAAUUUGUUGAAGCACUCCGCAACGCCGGGGCUAAAGCAGAUCUCGUCUUGUACGAUGGAAAAACUCAUACCGACUUAUUUCUCCAAGAUCCCCUGCGAGGAGGUAAAGACGAUCUUUUCGACUAUUUGGUAGACUUUAUACAUGCGGGCGACAAGGAUGCUCUUGCCAUGGAUGCCGAGGCUCCUCCCCGGAAGCGCCUGGUUCCCGAAUUGCUCCUGAGAAUGGCCGGGCGAGUGAGUCCAUUUUAGUCAGAACAAAAUUCCUAGAAUUCCCCGGCUCGAUCGAAGUUGCGGCAUGGUUCUUUGUGGUGGUGGUAUGUAUACUCUGAUUAGACUUGGCCUGGUUUUUGCCUAAUGCUACAGCUGGUUGUGAUCUUCUUCACUAGAAAGACAGACGUGUUCAUUCUUUUAUGACCUUUUUUUUAUAGCAGCUGCCAUA